AUGGUAGUGACAGCGCUGCUGUCAACGGGCCAGAGCGGUGCAGGGUUCCUGCGCUAUGAGACCAGGCGGGUGCCCGCGCACUCUGUAGUCGAGACGUCGUCUCUGUGGUACGUUCCUUCGGUCACCGUCUGCGCGCUGCGGGCGGCCGGGCUCAAGGCUUCUGUCUUCUCCCAUCAACAGUCCCUGUGUCAAAUCCUGGCGUGGAACUCGACGAACACAACAACCAACGCCAGCAGUGGGGGCGACACGCGUGAGGUUCUGAUCUUCACCGGCGACGAAGCAGACCUGCACGCCUUCCAAUCUGACGUUGUGCCCGCCACCACCGCCGCCACCACUACCUCAACCGCCGCCACUACUACAACCAUCGCCGCCACUUCUGCCGCCACCGCCGCCACUACCUUUCUGACUCCGGCGUCACUGCUGCCCCUACGGCAGCCGCCACCACCGCCAGCCACCACCACCACCACCGCCACCACUCCAGCUUGUCCGUCCCCCUUCGUGCUGUCGUCCGCCGGGUGCCUCGCAGUCACAACAACGACAUCAGCGGGAUCAGCCAUUGACGCGGCGUGCAGCGCGCUGGGCGGAGUGCCUGUCUACAAGAACAGCAGCUACAGCGCCUUCCUCCAGCUGGUCCAGGCUCUCGUCGACCAGGGCGUCCCAAGCGCUCAGUUGUACGUCGGGGCGCAGUGCAUCAACGUUGUUUGCGGCUGGACGAAAAAUUACAAUCUAAUCCAAGAUGUGUACCCGGCCUCAAACAAUUUCUUCCCGGCCGAUCAGCCGAAAGCUCUCACUAGCACGAUAACUUGCCUGGUCCUCAACAUGGACCCCGCUGGUGCUUACUACAAGCAGCUCUCAACUGUGGAGUGCACAACAGUCGCACGUGUGGUGUGCAUGAAGUAAAUGCGGCAUUGUCGGUCCCUUGUACAAGCGAC